GUGCACACCAAGCCUAUGGAAAGGCAAGUUAUGCAUCGGGCAUUCACCAAACUUACAAAGACAAGCACACUAAGUCUAGGCCAAGCCAGCGUGCAUGCACCGGGCAGUAGGCUAGGCAUUCGAGCAUGCCAAAUGCUAGGCCAAAUAUAUGCAAGCAUGCUAGGACAAUUAGCACUAGCAUGUGGGUAG